AUGAAGACAGAGGAUGUCGAGAUGGAAGACAAUGCUUCUAAAGAGAAAAUAGUGUCUAAGGAUGAAGACUUUGAUGAUGGAAUAGACUACAGAACUGUAAUAAAGGAAAAAUUUUGUGUGAUGUGGGAUAAUACUUCUUUCCCUGGAGAAUCUGCAACUUUAAAUUGUAUAAUUACUCAUAAAGACCAAAAGCUGUUGCAGCAUAUAUUUGAUGAGGAUAUCCAAACUUCCAAGAUUCCACAAACAGUAGUCCUUUAUGGAGCUGCUGGAAUUGGGAAGACAACGUUGUUGAAAAAGGCAAUGUUAGAAUGGGCAGAUGGCAAUCUCUAUCAGCAAUUUACCCAUGUUUUUUAUCUCAGUGGGAGAGAAAUUAGCCAAGUGAAGGAGGGAAGCUUUGCUCAGUUAAUAUCAAAGUACUGGCCUCGCAACGAGAGUCCCAUCGAACAGAUCCUGUCCAAACCCAGCAGUCUCCUUUUUAUAAUUGAUAGCUUUGAUGAAAUGGAUUUCUCCUUUGAAGAGCCAGAGUUUGCACUGUGUAAAGAUUGGACUCAGAAGCACCCGGUGUCUUUUCUUAUUAGUAGUUUGCUGAGGAAAGUGAUGCUUCCUGAGUCAUACUUAUUAGUAACAACAAGGUCCACAGCUUGGAAGCGACUAGUGCCUUUGUUGCAGAAGCCUCAUCGUGUAAAGCUGCCAGGACUGUCUAAGAAUGCAAGGAUGGACUAUAUCCACCAUUUGUUGAAAGAUAAGACAUGGGCUUUGAAUGCAGCUUAUUCAAUAAGAAUCAAUUGGAGGCUUUUCCAGAUGUGCCACGUGUAUCAUGUGUGCCAGAUGAUCUGUACUUUUCUCAAGGAGCACAUGGAGAGAGGUGGCAACGUUGAAGAGACCUGCCAAAACAGCACGGCUCUGUUCACAUACUAUGUCUGCAGCUUAUUUCCACGUGUACCUGGGAGCUCUGUUACUCUGCCCAAUGAAACGCUGUUAAGGAGCCUAUGCCAGGCUGCUGUUGAAGGCAUUUGGACUAUGAAGCAUGUACUCUACCAGCAAAAUCUUCGAAAGCACGAGUUAACCAGAGAGGACAUCUCGAUUUUCCUGGAUGCAGAUGUUCUUCAGCAGGACACCGAGUAUGAAAACUGCUACAUGUUCACUCACCACCAUGUUCAGGAGUUUUUUGCAGCUCUGUUUUACUUGCUGAGAGAGAAUCCAGAAGAAAAAGACUAUCCCUCUGAACCUUUUGAAAACUUGUAUCUGUUGCUGGAAAGCAACCGUUUUCAUGACCCUCAUUUGGAGCAGAUGAAAUGCUUUUUGUUUGGUCUACUAAAUAAAGACAGAGUACGACAACUAGAGGAAACUUUCAACCUUACACUAUCCAUGGAGGUAAAAGAAGAGUUACUUGUGUGUAUGGAAGCAUUCGAAAAUGAUGACUCUACUUUGUUACAGCUGAGAUUUCAAGACUUGCUUCACUGUAUAUAUGAGAGUCAAGAUGAAGAAUUCAUCACUCGGGCACUGAUGUGUUUCCAAAAGAUUAUCGUGAGGAUUGAUGAAGAACAACAAUUGCGUAUAUAUUCAUUCUGCCUUAAGCACUGCCACUCUCUACAGACUAUGACACUGACGGUGAGGGCAGACUUGAGAAAUACGUUAGACUCAGACCCUACAGGUGAAAUGUGCCUUGAAGAUGCUGCUGUUCAAAUCAUUCAUUACUGGCAAGAUCUGUUUUCUGUGAUUCAUACAAAUGAAUCCCUGAUAGAAAUGGAUUUGUGUGAAAGCAGAAUUGAUGAAUCCUUGAUGAAAAUUUUGAAUGAAGAAUUAAGUCACCCAAAAUGUAACCUACAAAAACUAACAUUCAAAGCUGUCUGUUUCCUGAAUAGCUGUCAGGAUUUUAGUUUCUUGGUUUCCAACAAUAAGGUGACACAUCUUGACCUGAAAGGUACUGACUUAGAAGAAAAUGGACUAAAGACCUUAUGUGAAGCCUUGAAAUGCCGAGGAUGUAAAUUACGGGUGCUGAGGUUGGAAUCCUGCGACCUGAAUGCAGACCGUUGUAAAACUCUAUCCAAGGCUCUCCAUAGCAACAGGAGCCUGGUAUUUCUGAAUCUGUCUACCAACAAUCUAUCAAAUAAUGGAGUAAAGUCAUUGUGUGAGGUCUUAGAAAAUCCAAACUGUCCUCUAGAGAGACUGGCCUUAGCAAGCUGUGGCCUCACAAAAGUUGGUUGUGAAGUUCUUUCCUCGGCUCUCACCAAAAGCAAGAGGCUGACACAUUUAUGCUUGACAGACAACAUCUUGGAAGAUGAAGGGAUAGAGUUGCUCAGCUAUACCUUGAAGAAUCCACAGUGUACUCUACAGAGCCUUGUGCUUAGGUGUUGCUGUUUCACUCCAGUUGGUAGUGAGCACCUCUCCACCGCUCUGCUGAACAACAAGAGCUUGAUACACCUGGACCUGGGAUUUAACGAGCUAAAGGAUAACGGACUAAAGCUUCUGUGUCACUCCCUUCAGCAGCCAAACUGCAAUCUUCAGGAACUGGAGUUGAUGGGCUGUGUUCUCACGAAUAAUGCUUGUGGGGAUCUGGCUUCUGUUAUUGUGAACAACUCAAACUUGUGGAACCUAGACCUUGGGUUCAACAUCUUGGGUGAUGCUGGUCUGAAUGUUCUGUGUGAUGCUUUGAGAAAUCCAAACUGCCACAUUCAGAGGCUAGGAUUGGAAAACUGUGGUUUAACUCCUGGUUGCUGCCAAGAUCUCUUAGGUCUCUUGUCUAACAACCACAGUGUGAUACAAAUGAACUUAAAGAAGAAUGCCCUUGAUCAUGAAGCAAUUAGGAAUUUAUGUAAAGUCUUGAGGUCUCCAACAUGCAAAAUGGAAUUUCUAGCGUUGGACAAAAAGGAAAUAGCCAAGAAGAAAAUCAAGAAGUUUCUGGCUGAUGUAAGGAUUAACAAUCCACAUUUGGUCAUUAAGCCACAGUGUCCUAACACAGAAAGUGGGUGCUGGUGGCAGUAUUUCUGA